AUGGUGAAGAUAUAUCGUCCGUCAUACUUUAGACGCAUCUCUAUUCACCAAACAUUACCAAAAGGAACAGCCUUACCAAUAAAUUCAUUUGAAGAAUUGGACCCUCCAAUUGUCCAAUAUCUCAAAUCCGAAUUCAACAAUUUUCUCAAUGUUGUACCUUUUAAAUUAACUUCACCACCACCCUUAGCAAAUGUUAUAGACAAAAAUUGUUGUAUUGAGUGGUUAGAUAAUCAAGAACCAAAUUCUGUGGCAUAUAUUGAAUUUGGAACUGUUGCAACACCACCACCUAAUGAGUUAAGAGCUAUGGCUGAAACACUUGAAGAAAGAAAAAUACCAUUUCUUUGGUCAAUUAAAGAGAAAUUUAUGUCACAUUUUCCAAAUGGAUUCUUGGAAAACGCAAGGAUGUUUGGUAAAAUUGUGCCAUGGGCACCACAAGUACAAGUUCUUGAACAUAAAUCGUUUGGCGUUUUUAUAAAUCAUUCUGGAUGGAAUUCGGUUCUGGAGAGCAUAGCUUCUGGCGUGCCUCUAAUUUGUAUGCCGCUUUUCGGAGAUCAUCAUUUGAAUUCUUCGAUGGUUGAGAAAGUUUGGAAAAUUGGAGUGAAAAUUGAAGGUGGGUUUUUUACUAAAAGUGGAACAAUUGUUGCACUCGACUUUGUUUUGUCCAAAAUUAAAGAAGAAUUGAAGAAACAAAUUGGAAUGUACAAAGAACUUGUUCACAAGGCUGUUGGACCAAAUGGGAGUUCAACACAAAAUUUCAAGAAAUUGGUUGAGAUUAUCACCUCUUGUUAGUGAAAUUAUGAUCCCCUUGAAUGGGGUUUCAAUGAGUUAUUACUAUGUAUUUUAAUUUGUAGUAAAUUAAUUAAAUCCAUUUCAAUUAUGUAAUAUAUUAUCUUGAGUUGAUCCUCAGUGCCUGUCCAUGUCACACUUGUAUUCAAAUUGUUACUCAAGAUUUUCUGGUUAUACAAAGGGAAUUCAAUGAUA